AUGGAGGGGCCCGUGUUAACGCUGGGGCUGCUGGCUGCCCUGGUCGUGUGUGGCAGCUGGGGCCUGAACGAGGAGGAGCGGCUGAUCCGGCACCUGUUUGAGGAGAAGCUUUACAACAAAGAGCUGCGGCCCGUGGCGCACCAAGAGGAGGCCGUGGGGGUCACCCUGGCCCUCACCCUCUCCAACCUCAUCUCCCUGAAAGAAGUUGAAGAGACCCUCACCACUAACGUGUGGAUUGAGCACGGCUGGACAGACAGCCGGCUGAAGUGGGAUGCCAAAGAUUUUGGGAACAUCAGCGUCCUGCGUCUGCCCUCUGACAUGGUGUGGCUCCCAGAGAUAGUGCUGGAGAACAACAAUGACGGCUCCUUCCGGAUUUCCUACUCCUGCAACGUCCUCAUCUACCCCUCAGGCUACGUGUACUGGCUGCCGCCCGCCAUCUUCCGCUCCUCCUGCCCCGUCUCCGUCACCUACUUCCCCUUCGACUGGCAGAACUGCUCCCUCAAGUUCAGUUCACUCAAGUACACGGCCAAGGAGAUCACCCUGAGCCUGAAGCAGGAUGAAGAAGAUGGCCGCUACUACCCCGUGGAGUGGAUCAUCAUCGACCCCGAGGGCUUCACAGAGAACGGGGAGUGGGAGAUAGUGCACCGGCCGGCCAGGAUCAACGUGGACCCCAGUGCCUCACUGGACAGUCCCAGCCGCCAGGACGUCAGCUUCUACCUCAUCAUCCGCCGCAAGCCGCUCUUCUAUGUCAUCAACAUCCUGGUGCCCUGCGUGCUCAUCUCCUUCAUGAUCAACCUGGUCUUCUACCUGCCGGCGGACUGUGGCGAGAAGACAUCUAUGGCCAUCUCGGUGCUCCUGGCCCAGUCUGUCUUCCUGCUGCUCAUCUCCAAGAGGCUGCCAGCCACGUCCAUGGCCAUCCCCCUCAUUGGCAAGUUCCUGCUCUUUGGCAUGGUGCUGGUGACCAUGGUCGUGGUGAUCUGUGUCAUCGUACUCAACAUCCACUUCCGCACACCCAGCACCCACAUGCUGUCUGACGGAGUCAAGAAGAUCUUCCUGGAGACCCUGCCUAAGGUCCUGCACAUGUCCCGUCCGGCAGAGAAUGGACCCAGCCCUGGGACCCUGGUCCGGAGGAGCAGCUCCCUGGGCUACAUCUCCAAGGCAGAGGAGUACUUCUCGCUGAAGUCCCGAAGUGACCUCAUGUUUGAGAAGCAGUCAGAGCGUCAUGGGCUGGCCCGGCGCCCCACCACCGCACGUCGGCCCCCAGUAGGCUCUGAGCAGGCCCAGCAGGAGCUCUUCAGUGAGCUGAAGCCAGCUGUGGAUGGGGCCAACUUCAUCGUCAACCACAUGAAGGACCAGAACAGUUACAAUGAGGAGAAGGACUGCUGGAAUCGGAUAGCCCGCACAGUGGACCGACUCUGCCUGUUUGUGGUGACACCCAUCAUGGUGUUGGGCACAGCCUGGAUCUUCCUGCAGGGCGCCUACAACCAGCCUCCACCUCAGCCUUUCCCCGGGGACCCCUUCUCCUACCGGGAGCAGGACAAGCGCUUCAUCUAG